UAAACCACCGGCGCCGGCCUAUCCAUAUUCUCCCUGAUGGGCUCCCGCACCCCGGCCUGCAAAACUCCCGAGAAGUCAGGCCGCCCUCCUGCCCUUCGUUGGCGGGAAGCCCGAACGGCGAAUCCCCGGAGGCGGCUGCCCUCCUCGCUCAGGGCCUGCCUCCGCGUGGACUCCGCCAGGCCUCCCUGCCUGCCAGCGGAGGGCCUGGGAGGGAGAGGCGGCGUGGGCUGCGGCAGCUCCUCCUUCGCCGGCGCGCUCGGGCCUCCCCGGCUGUUCCUCCUCCUCCUUCUCCUCCUCGGCCGGGAAACGUCGCUGUUGCCGCCGCCGCCGCCGAGGCCGGGCCCGCCCUGCGGAAGGAGGCGGACCUGGCGGCGAGGUUGCUGCUCUCGACCCAAACAUGUGGCCUGAAAGUGUCUCGUUUUUGACGCAAGCACUGUCGUGCGGGUAGAGUAACUCCAAGGCAAUUUGCAUUUUGGAAAAGAAAAUGCCAAAGAAAAAGAAAAAUCUUGGCGUGAGCCCAUCGAGAAAAAACACAAAUCCAGGGACGGUUUGUGCUACCGACGCCUCGUCCUCACCAGCUUCGCUACAUGAGAUCAAUAAAGAAAAACUUUUCAGCGGACUUUCCGAAAUGUUCUCGGACCUGGAUCCGACUGUCAUCUACAUGAUGCUGUCUGAAUGUGAUUUCAGAGUGGAAGAGACUAUGGAUUAUCUAUUGGAAUUGUCCACAGCAGCUAAGGAUACAGUCUGUCCAUCCAAAGCCUCAGGUUUUGAUUCCCUGUCCGCACUGCUAGUUGGUGAAAAUAACUCAAGUCGUAGUACUUACGAACUUGAGGGCAACGAUACUACUGCAAUUGCGAAGCGUGGCAAAGAAUCGCAGCAUCCCUCGUCCUCUGAAGAACUGGCACCCUUGAUAGAGAAUUCUCUUGAGGGGGGCAGUCGAAAAAGUGAAGCAGAGGAGUUAGAAAAGGAUCGUCUCUCAGGUAGCCUGACUCUGGCUUGGGACCACAACAAUUCCAAUUGCACCGAAUUAGGUAUCGAAUCCAAUGGAACAGCAAUAGAAAACUGGUUCCCGGCCUUGAAACCAAGUUAUAAUGAAGCAGCUGAGUCGACGUCCAUAUCAGAGAUUGAGACGAAGGAUAUUUUGACCCAAACCCCAGAGAAUUGCAGUUUGCCAGAAGUUGUACUUGACAGCGGAGCCGUUUCGGAAAUGGUGACAUUAGCCGACAAGGGAGAGUCUUACACUGAGCCACAUCAAAUGCACAAUGUCUUAUUUGACUUUAAGGCAGUAAGCACCCUCACCACUCAACACCAUCAGGUUUUUGCAACAAUAGAGACGAAUGCCUUCUCUAGUUCUCACGCUUCUUCUCGGGCGGCUGAGGGGCAAGAAAACAUUGUGACUUUCUGUCAUAAUCUGAAACAAUUUUGCGUCCCUGACCUGUGCACGGGAUCCGGUGCAAAAUCGGCACCUUUGUCGAAGGAGACCGAUCCUUCUCGGCGAACGUGGAGUUCUCCAUUUUCCCUGUUUCAGAAAUAUCCUCAGCAGCUUAAUUUUUAUCCCGCUUUCGAAUCCCAAUGUAGAAAUCACAGCUUUGUGACUCCCAUCGCAAUCAGUCCCGGGAAAUGGAGACCAGCUUUGGAUGGGAGGAGUCAAGGAAAGAGCUUUUGCUCUCCGGAAGUUUCGACAUCCUGGGAUGUUGUGCCCAAGAGAUAUGGGAAUAAAAACGGGCGACAAAGACAUCAUUUUUCUCAAGUCCCCCAACUGCCUGGGGGUCACAUCACCAACAGGAAGACCUUCGCAGGGCACGUUCUGGUUCUCCUUCGAGGGCUUCCGGGAUCAGGCAAAUCCUAUUUGGCAAGGGUUUUGCUUGAGGAUAACUGUGGUGGGAUCAUUCUUAGCACAGACGACUAUUUUUGUCAAAAGAACGGGCACUACCAGUUUGAUGCCGACUGCUUAGCAGACGCACACGAGUGGAAUUGGAAACGCGCCAAAGAUGCCUUUGAGAAAAGGAUCACUCCUAUAAUCAUAGACAAUACAAACACGCAGGCUUGGGAAAUGAAGCCUUACAUUGCUUUGUCACAGCAACACAAAUACAAAGUUAUAUUUCGUGAACCGGAUACAUGGUGGAAGUUUAAACCAAAGGAAUUGGAAAGGCGAAAUGUUCAUGGUGUAUCUAAAGAAAAGAUCAAAAGAAUGUUGGAACGAUAUGAACAUUGCCUGACUGCUAAUUCAGUUUUGAAUUCUUCAAUCUCAGAUGACAUGAGAAAGCGUGAAACCGGUGGGGAAGUUCUUCAUCGCGAGAAAAGGCAGGGGAAAGAAGAACAGAAAGAACAUUUUGCCUCCCCUUUGAAAAGCGUAGAAUUAAAUCCAGAUGAAAAAGCUACUUUAGAAGAAGUUAUGGCAGACGAUCAGAGCCUUCAAAAUGAAAACAGAAGAGCGAGACAUGAUUUACAAGAAUCCAGUUCUGAAUGUAGAAUAGAUGGCUUGGAUGCUGCUGUGUUACCAGCAGGAAUCAAAAUGGAAUCCAUUCUUGAAGCAGAGUUAAGACCAAUCUCGGAUUCCAGUGAAAAUACUCUGUCGUGCAAUAACAGUGAGUUGAAACUUCAGAUGGAAGCAACUGUGUAUCAUGAAAUAACGGAGCCAGAAUUCACAGAAACACAACAUGAAGAUGGAGAUCUAAAUUCUGGCAGGUCAAUAAAACCCCAAAUGUUAAACUUUGUGGGAGACUGGCCAGUAGAACAAACUUUGGGCCAAAGGGUGAAAAGAAUUAAAAGAUUAGAAAAACGGGCCAGGAAGGACAAAGGAGAUUUAAGUACGCCGAUAUCUACUCUGGAUUCAUUCAAAAAUACAAAUGAAGAUAAAGCAUCCGAUUGGAUAGACAGCCAUCAGGACCUGCCACUUUCUGAAGACAGGGGUGAAGACAAAUGUCAAGAGAGCAACUGUAACUUUCCUUCUACGUCGGUGCCUGAGGUUAAUGCAGAAGUCCAUACCACAGAAUUGCUGAUGGUAGGAGACUGGCCAGUCCAAACUUUACAGCAAAGACAACACAAAAUGAAAAGAAAAACCAAGCGAGACAUUAGCGAGUCAGAUGGAUUAGGAAACAGUCAGGAUGACGUCAGCAUGGGUGAUGGGACUGUGACGUCUCAGCUGAAUGAAACGUCUGCAGAUGUUGAAGAGCAGGGGGCCUCUUCAAAGGAGGAACGCAUUCCAGGAUUUGAGAUCACAGCUUCUGAACCUCUUGGUGAGAAAAAGCCAGUGCUGAAUAAAAGAACGCGUAAGCAUCAUAAAUUGGCUUUAACAUUUACCAACAAUUCGGCCCUCCACAAACCAGGGGAGCCACUGUGCACUUGGGCUGAAGAAAAACCCAACCCGUGGGUUGUGUCCCAGGCUACCAAAUCUUCGCAGACGGAACCACGAGAUUUCGCCCUCCUGUGGAGGCUGGAGAGAGAGAUUGUCUUUUCGGAAGAUACCAAAGUCUUACACGGCAGACUCGACGGAUUUGUACCCAAGAGGGUUGACGUGGUCCCAGAUUGUCCAGACAAAAUACCCUACAAAGUAACCUACGAGAGAAGCACCUACGUAGAAGAAAGGGAGCUGGUGAGGGUUGAUGAAUCCGAGAACCUCAAUAUUUUGUGUAAGCUCUUUGGGUCUCUUUCGUUCGAUGCCAUCAAAGAUCUGUAUGAACGAUGUAACCGAGAUAUGGACUGGGCUACGGGACUCCUGUUAGACUCUGCCGAGAAGCUCUGCAAAGAAGACGACGGUGGAGCAGGGGUUCGGCUCCCGGACGUGUCUCUUCCUUCGAAGAGGCACGCUGCGCAUGAAGACAGAUUUGCGGGUUCUGUGGCAGUUCCUCAACCGACUGCGGUUUCUAGGAUUAUUCACCAAUCCGAAAUAGCGAAAGUCCCCCUUGGUGAUGAAAGUGUAAAUGUUUCUGGGCAUCCUACAGGACACGGCAUACAUUUUUCUUCAGGAGAAAAUGGAGGUCCUUUGAACGGGCAAACAGAACAGGGAAUUUCUAGGGGGCUAUCAGAGAAUGAGCCGCAAAGGACGUCUUCGGUUAAUGAAAUGGACGUCGCCAUUCCUGACGAAGUUGACGGCCCUUUGAAAGCCACCUGUGAUGGGGAAGAAGAUCAGCUUGGAGCAAACUUCCAGGAGGCUCCGUUUCCAGAAGAGAUCUUGGAUUUGAAGCUAAUGGAAGCGACGGAUUCGAGCGUUGCAGAAAGCCACACAUUUGAACCAUGCAGAAAAAUGGAUUGUAAGCCCAGCAUUGUGGUUCCGACACAAAGGGAGAAAAACAGCUCCGAUAAAGACAAUGGGACAAUCCAGUUGCAGGACUCCGUAUCUCACUCCAAGUCCGUGACCAUAGAUUGUCUCGAACUGGUCUUGGCUCCAGAAUUCGCCAUGCAGUUAAAUGAAAUAUUUGGACCGGUUGGAGUUGAUGCAGGAUCACUAACUCCUGAUGACUAUGUGGUUCAUAUUGAUCUGAAUUUGGCCAGAGAAAUUCAUGACAAAUGGAAAGCAUCUAUUAUGAAACGUCAGAGGAGAGAAGAAGAAGAAUUGCACAAACUCCUUGAAGAAAAUCCCAUGCUGUUGGAGCGGCUGCACCCAGGCAAAGUGGAUGACGUGCUUUCCCAGUACACCGCUGAUUUUCAAGAGCAGGAAAGCUUACCUGGAGCUGGAUCGGCUGAAACCUCGGCGGCUUCCGAUGUUUUCCCCUACAUGGAUCAUUGGAAUGUUCACACUCAGAGAGUAUCGCUUCGGGAGAUCAUGUCGGAAGAAAUUGCGCUGCAAGAAAGACUAACAGUGAAACCUUCCCUUUGCAUUGCUAAAAAAGACUGUGCUGCGAAACUGAAGGAGAAACAACUUCUGGAGUUAUUCCCAACCAUCAGCGCAAACUUUUUGAUGGACAUCUUCAAGGAUAACAAUUACUCCUUGGAGCAAACUGUCCAGUUCCUCAAUAACGUUCUAGAGGCAGAUCCCAUAAAAACAGUGAUCGCGAAAGAGCCCGCUCAGAAUGCCAGGCGUUCUCCGAGCAGCGCUUCCAAGGCCCGAGAGAAAAAGGCCAAGAAGACGAAAGAACUGGAAGAUAUUCUGAGCGAGAAAGGAUUCCAAGACACCCAAUAUCCAGGCUACAAGGACUUCAGGGCUGAGGCCUUCCUUCACCAACAGCAAAGGCAAGAAUGUCUAAGGAAAGCCGGAGAAGCAUAUCGCAUGGGGAUGAAGCCAGUCGCGGCGUUUUAUGUGCAACAGGGUCAGCUUCAUGAGGAGAAGAUGAAAGAAGCCAAUGAAGACGCAGCUCAGCAAAUCUUUGAGACAGUCAACGCUUCAAAGCUGCCUAUCAACCUUUUGGACCUUCAUGGUCUUCACGUGGAUGAAGCUUUGGGCCACCUCUCUAGAGUCCUGCAGGAGAAAACCAAAGAGUACAGCCUGGCAGGCGGCAUACCGUAUCUCUACGUGAUCACCGGAAGGGGAAACCAUAGCCAGGGAGGGGUUGCUCGGAUCAAGCCAGCAGUUAUGAAAUACCUCACCAGCCACAAAUUCAGGUUCACAGAAAUAAAGUCAGGCUGUUUUAAGAUCUUGUUGGAAUAAAAAGGAAGUCAAGCCAAGAGGAUCUGAAAAGCUGAGGUUACACCAAAGCAGAAACAACGUCACAUUUUAAUGGGAUAAAUGUGUGACUUGUCAAAAACAAGAUUUCAGUGGAAAGGGCUUAACUGUCAGCAGGUGUUUGUGUCAAUGUGUUUUUUUUCCUACCAAAUCUUUGUGUGUGUGUGUUUUAAUGAGAAGUACUUUUAUAAGCCACCUACCUAUCAAGAAGUACAUCCAGUAACUACCUUCGCAACAAGAAAUACGUUUUUCAAAGGGAAAAGCAGAGGUUCCAGUCGGAAAAACUCUGCCCUUUUCAGACUUUUAACAAAUACCCAUAAACACCUGGAAUAUAGUGGUUUUUUAAAAAAAUGGUCUCUACUCCAUUUGAAAUUAUGGCUGAGCUUACAUCGGAUGCUUCGAAGGACUCUACGAGGUUUCGGAUUAUAAGAGCUAACGAUUGCCUCCUUGUGUGUUUUUCACAAGAAUGCUUGGCUCACUUCCGAAAAUGAGGAGAAAAUGGGUUGCAUUUAUUUUCAGGGCAAAAACAAAAUGAUGUAGCUUGUAUCUCAGCUUUUCAUUUCUUUUCUCCUCCUGUUUAUCUCUAAUGCACUGACAGGCUGCCUGAUGGGAUAGUAAAAAUGUGGUGAGAAAGAACUGGCAGGGCCUAUUCGCUUAGAGGUUUGGCCUUGACUGCUUAUUUGGGUAAGUGUCAUUUGCUAGAAUUGGGCCCUGUCACUGCAAGGAUAAUUCACGACUUGGGAGCUUUCGAUGCUCCCACAGAACUCGGUAUCAGCAGGCCGAGCCUGUCAAUAUUAAGAUCUGCCAUUAAGUGCAACAAGCAUUGAACAACGAACACAGAAGUGUAUAUUCAGGUAUAUCUUUGCAUUGUGAGCAAAACGCCAGCCCGCAAUGGUUAUUGCCAAUACUUCUGGAAAAGACUCUAAGGAAAACCCACCUUCUCGGUCCUAACGCCAUAAAAACGACGCAGGUUGUCUUAGAGAAAACACCAGCAUCUGUUUUAUGACUGUGUAUAAAAGAUGACCAGUUCUGAGCACAUCCUCAUGUCAUUAAGUAGAACACAAAUAGAAGACUCCUAUGGCAGCUAUUCCGAUCACUCUGCAUCGACUGAUGUUUUUUUUUUCCCCCUUGUCAUUUUGCCAUGAAUUUACAGUGGUUUUGUCAAACUAGCAUCUGGGAAGCCAAAGUGUUGUAGUGCAUCCUUGCAGGUCUUGGUGAUAUCUUUGUGACCUGUUUUUUAAAAUCUUUCUUUAAGACACAAUGUAAUUGUACAUUUAGUAUGGGGUUUUUUGUUGUUUUUUAAAAAAAGAUGAGAUUGCUGAAGGGAAUAUGUGACUGUUUAUGGUGUUUUUAAAAACACUUUUCUGAGUCAGAAUAUAUAGGGUGAUUCCUGAGCUGAAUUUCUGCUGUGGUAUUCAGUUCCUCUCUAUCGAACCAAUUAAGACAAAUGGAAAUGGUUUAAGAUCAUGUAUUACUUUCUUGAGAAAAACGGAAUGGACAAUUUUAUGUUUCUCCUUUCAAAAUAGAGCAGCAAUUUUUUUUCAAAUACUUUUUUCAGUAAGCCUUUUCCUUUUUUUAAAAAAAAAUGCAGAUUUUAUGCAAGCCCGCAUUGUGAGUUUCAGACAUUUUUCAGUUCCUUUAAAAAGGGCAUUUCAGUAAAAUCUGGAGCUAAGAACAAGAAGGGAAUAAAUUGCAAGCAGGCCCAAUAAAAACUAAUGCAAUCAGUGUUAUCCCAUCCAACUCAUAGUUGAAAUAGAUGAUUUUAAAACUCUCCUGUCAUCUUUCAAACGACAUGACUUUGCAUCUGGGUCUGUCUGACCAUCACUUGUGCGAGGAUUGUAGGACAAAGUAACAUGAAUACAAUUUGUCAAGGGCAUCUUGUCAUUACAUUUUGUUUUUUGAUUAUUUAACUCCAGAUGCUUUUAGGGAAGGUGGACUCAUGACCCGGAUUGGCUUAAGAACGGUCUUUCCGUCCAAGGAGUGAGAUGUUUUUCAAUCAGAUUCAAAGGUCAUCCAUAAGGCUCCACAUUUGUCCCCAUGAUUUCACCUCCUAUUCCACAGGAAUUGAGGGGUGAGUCCUUCUUUCCACAACCCAAGGGCAUUUGACAAUUCUAAAUUCACCCUUCCUGAGAGAAUUAUUUUUUUUGUCCCCCCCCCCCUUAGUUGCCAUUUGCUUGCUUCUAUUUCUAUAGUUUGGGGCAGGGGCCUGUCCUCCCAGGGCUAGAUCUUACCAAAAAGAAAAAAAAAAGGAUUUUUGUAACUUUUCUUGUCCCAGGGAGUAGCAGAGGACAAUGUCAAAACGUUCUUCACCCACUCUCAAUCAGAAGAAAACUCCCUAUUGCCUUUUUGUUUCAUGAAUAUACGGAAUUACUGGGGGGGAGAGAGAACGAGAGACAAAUAAUUUUACAGAUCAACUAUUUUCUAGGUUUGAAAACCUAGUAUAUCUAUCUGUAGGGAGAGCAUAUUAAAUGGGAGGGGGGAAUAUCUGAUUAAGAUAAUUUAUUGCUUCAGCUUUCCAUUCAUUGAGAAAUGUGACACAUUUGUAAAUCUUUGUUAUAUGUGUGUGUUCAAGGAAACAAAUAUUUAGGUAUAUGCUUACUUCAUUAAUGUAAUUGUUGAAACAAUGCCUCUACAAUAAUCAGGACUUACAAGUUUCUAAUGAAAAACUACAUUUUGUAACCUGAAUAACAUUGAUUGCAACAUCACAACAUGCCCAGAAGUAACAUUUGUAAUAGAAAACUAAAAAUGGGGGGGGGGGGAGAUAUCUAUCUUUUAAUAUACCAAAAUGUAUGGCAGAUUUUUUUCCCCAGAGAUUGAGGGAUUUAAAUCAUUUAUAAUGAUUUAUAUUUAUAAUGUCCCUUCAUGCAAAUCCUUCAAUAGGAGCUAGCUAAGAUGUUUUUAUAUUGUUCAAGUCUGCAAAAAGUUUAGAAGAUGAUUACACAAAUAAAACUGGGAUUUAAAAACUUCAGAAAAAUGAAUGCUGUAGUCAUUGAAAUCUGCAAAGAUAUUAAGAGAAGCCUACUCUUAAAUAGGUUGCCAACAUUUCCAUAAUUAUAUUAUUACUUUACUGGGCUUCAGUAAAAGCAGCAUUAAAAUUUAUUAAAAUUAAGAUUUUCUUUAAUCUUAAAUUGAGGGGGGAAAAACAUUUCCUGAACCCGUUUUUUAUUAUCAAACUCAUUUAGAUUAAACUCCAAAAACUUUAAUGAGGCAGGGAUUUUGGUCAGGAUGGAAGAUUUGCAAAACAGGCUCUGUUAUUGGGAGAAAUUCUUUCUCAGGGUAGCCAAGAGAAGUGCCUAAGGAAAAUAAAGCCUUCCCAGCCCCCCCUUUUUUUUUCAAACAGAGAGAAUUGUGAAUAAAUAUGAUUAGCAUGAAAUGUGUGCUGUUAAAUUUCACAGGUGUUUGUUAAUUGCCUUUAUUGAGAAGAAUUUACAUUAUAAUGCUAAAUAAAAACAACAUUGUAAAGCUAAA